AUGGCAAGAGAACGGUGUUCACAAACCGAAGCUGAACUGUAUUACCUCAUUGCCAGAUUUCUGCAGUCUGGACCUUGUAAAAAAGCAUCACAGAUUCUGGUUGAGGAGCUGGAGGAGUAUGAGUUGAUCCCUCAACGAUGGAGUUGGGACGGGGAGAAAUACAAACGGACCUUCCAAGACUGGGUGAUUUUGAAUCAGCACAUUCCUGCAGACUAUCUGCUCCGUGUAUGUCAGCGGAUAGGCCCGCUUAUAGAGAAGGAGAUCCCACCUAGUGUUCCUGGAGUCCAAACACUUCUGGGGCUGGGCAGACAGUCAUUGCUUCGUUCCACCAAAAGUUGUAGCCACAAAGUAUGCAGUGGCUCAGCCGUCGCGGCACUCCACCGAGGGCGUCCACCAGAACCUCCAGUCAGCAAUGGACAUCCUCCCAAUGUCGUGUCCAUCAUGGGUGCUCGCCAGGCCUCGGGCACGGCUCGUUUCAGCCAGACCUUGCCGUCUUCCUCCUACCAACACAUGAAGAUACACAAACGUAUCCUUGGCCACCUUUCUUCAGUCUACUGUGUAGCCUUUGACCGCACCGGCCGUCGGAUAUUCACGGGUUCUGAUGACUGCCUGGUAAAAAUCUGGGCCACGGAUGACGGCCGGCUCCUAUCGACACUUCGCGGCCACUCAGCGGAGAUCUGUGACAUGGCUGUCAACCACGAGAACAGCCUCAUUGCCUCAGCUAGCUGCGACAAAACCAUCAGAGUGUGGUGCCUGCGAACCUGUGCACCCAUCACUGUUCUGCAGGCCCACGGCGCCUCCAUCACAUCCAUACAGUUUUGUCCUGCUGUCAAAGGGACAACGCGGUACCUGGCCUCCACCGGUGCAGACGGCAUGGUGUGUUUCUGGAAGUGGCACUCGCACAACAUGAAAUUCCAUGAUCAACCAGUCAAGUUUGUUGAGCGGUCACGUCCAGGAGUACAGGUCUCCACUUCCUCAUUCAGCAGUGGUGGUAUGUUCAUGGCCACCGGUGGCACUGAUCAUUUGAUCAGAGUCUACUACCUGGGUGCUGAAACUCCUGUGAAGGUCUCUGAGAUGGAUGCACACACGGAUAAAGUUGUUGUUGUACAGUUUAGCAACAACAGUGACAGCCUACGGUUUGUGAGUGGCAGUCGCGACGGCACAGCCAGGAUCUGGCAUUACCAGCAACAAGAGUGGAAGAGUAUCACUUUAGACAUUGCUGCCAGGCUGCCUGGGAGUACUGUCACCAAUGGGGAUGAUAAAACCAAGCUGGUUGUUACCAUGGUGGCUUGGGACCGUGCAGAUAGCACUGUCAUCACAGCAGUGUCGAACUACCUGCUCAAAGUGUGGAGCACAACCACUGGACAGCUACUGCACAUUUUAUCUGGUCAUGAUGAUGAGGUGUUUGUGCUGGAGGCUCACCCAUUUGACUCCCGCAUCAUGCUUUCUGCCGGCCAUGACGGCAACAUUUACAUGUGGGACCUGGCCAAAGGAGCCAAGAUCCGCAACUUCUUCAACAUGAUUGAAGGGCAAGGCCACGGGGCUAUUUUCGACUGCAAGUUCUCAGCUGACGGACAGCAUUUUGCCUGCACUGACUCACACGGCCAUUUGCUCAUCUUUGGCUUUGGCUGCAGUAGACCAUAUGAGAAGAUACCUGACCAGAUGUUCUUCCACACGGACUACCGACCUCUUAUCCGUGACUCUAAUAACUACGUGCUGGACGAGCAGACGCAGCAAGCCCCACACCUUAUGCCUCCACCCUUCCUGGUGGAUGUUGAUGGAAAUCCUCACCCUCCUCACUACCAGCGCCUGGUUCCAGGAAGAGAGAGCUGCAAGGAGGAUCAGCUGAUACCCCAGCUAGGAUACAUGGCUAACAGUGAUGGGGAGUUGGUGGAGCAGGUGCUUGGCCAGCAAACGGCAGAAAACAGAGAAAGCCUAUUAGACAAUCUCAUCAGACAGUUGCAGAAUGAGCAGGACCAGCGUCAGAACGAAGAAGAGCCGGCCGAAGAGGAAGAAGCGGGAGGUGAAGAAGAGGUGGAGGCCUCCUCCUCGGCUGCUGAGUCACACAGGAGUAGGCAGGUGGACGGGGUGUGGCAGAUGCAGCAUAACGCCCUGCGGAGUCAAGUGGCCACCGAGAGGGACCUGCUGGCCUGGAGCCGCAGAGUGAUGGUCAAUGAAGUGCCACAAGGGAUAUCCAGAGUUUCGGAGGAGUGCAGAAAAGCCAAAGGUGACAUGGAAUGUUCUCUAUACAAUGCAGAGAGGAGGAAAAAACCAGUAACAUGCACACCCAAGAACGAUUUGUUGACUUCACGCCUGCGCUCCCUGCGGCCGACCAAGAAAAAGCAGCAGCGGCACACCUAUCAGACCCGCUCAGCUCAAGUCCGCCGUCCGGGGACCAGGAGUCGAAAUUCCACUAACCGACGUAACUCUGACAGCCAGAUAGACUCUGACAGUGAUGGAAAUGCAGCAGCAGAGGUGGAGCAAAGCGAAGCCUCCUCCGAUGGUGAAGCUCAGUGGCAAAGCGAGAGCAGCUCCAGUGACUCCUCUAGUGAAUAUUCUGAUUGGACAGCCGACGCUGGGAUCAAUCUUCAGCCGCCAAAGCGACCAACCAGGAGGCCCGUCCAGCCCCAAGGUUACAGCAGCUCUGAGGAGGAAGAAGGCGAUGGCAAGGGAAAGGAGGCCAAGAAGAGGGACAAUGAGAAGAGGAAGAAGCCAAAGGAGACCAAACAGAAACCCACAUCCUCUCUGGCUGGGCUCGAUGCGGAGGAGUGGCUGCCACCAUCAUGGAUAAUGGAGACCAUCCCACACCGCUCUCCUUUUGUUCCACAGAUGGGAGAUGAGCUCAUCUACUUCAAACAGGGCCAUCAGGCCUACGUCCGGGCUGUGCGCAGGGCCAAGGCCUACAGCAUCAACCCUCAGAAACAGCCGUGGAACAGACUCGACCUCAGGGACCAGGAAUCCGUGAAGGUGGUUGGAAUUAAAUAUGAAGUGGGACCUCCCACCCUCUGCUGCCUAAAACUGGCUUUCUUGGACCCAGUCUCAGGGAAGAUGACCAAUGACUCUUUCUCCUUAAAGUACCAUGACAUGCCAGAUGUCAUAGAUUUUCUGGUAUUGCAGCAGUUUUACAACGAGGCUAAAGAGCACAACUGGCAGCCAGGUAUGAGGUUCCGCAGCAUCAUUGAUGACGCCUGGUGGUUCGGCUCCGUGGAAGACCAGCAGCCUUUGCAGCCGGAGUAUCCAGACAGCCUGUUCCAGUGCUAUGCAGUAAAGUGGGAUAAUGGUGAGCGGGAGAAAAUGAGUCCCUGGGACAUGGAGCCUAUACCUGAGGAAGCUGCGUUGCCCGAGCAGGUGGGUGAUGGCGUGGAGGUGGCCGAGGAGGAGCUAAUGGCCCUGCUUUACACGCCUCAGGAAGGAGAAUGGGGGGCUCACACACGAGAUGAAGACUGUGAGAGAAUCCUCCAUGGCAUCGAUCAGCUUCUAACACUGGAUGUAGCCAAGGCAUUCGCGUCACCAGUAAAUCUGCGGGACUACCCUCUGUACUGCACCGCGGUGGCUUACCCCACUGACCUCAGCACGAUCCGCAAACGAGUGGAGAACCACUUCUACAGGCGGAUCUCUGCACUAAUGUGGGAGGUGCGCUACAUUGAACACAAUGCCCGCACUUUCAAUGAACCUCAGAGCCCCAUUGUAGCAACUGCCAAGGUGGUGACUGACGUUCUCCUUCACUACAUUGGGGACCAGAGCUGCACAGACAUCUUGGAUCUGUAUCACAAACUGAAGUCUGAGGUCAGCAGUGGAGAAGAAGCUGAGGCUGAGUUGGAUGUGGACUCUGACACUCCAGGCACAUCUACAGGACAUCGGGGAGCUGACCUGAAUUCCAAGAAGCGAGGUGUGGUCUUGGAUGUGAAAUUCUGGCGAGGUCAAUGCAAAGAGCUUCUGCGUCGUAUGAUGGUCUCGCCAGAUUCAGUCCCGUUCAGGCGGCCGGUGGACCUCUUCGAGUAUCCGGACUAUCGAAACAUCAUCGACAUGCCAAUGGAUCUGGCUACAGUGUCCGAGACGCUGGUUGCAGGGAAUUAUGAAAGCCCGAUGGAGUUUGCCAAGGACGUGCGCCUCAUUUUCAGCAACUCCAAAGCAUACACGCCUAACAAGAAAUCACAGAUCUACACCAUGACCCUCAGCCUGUCGGCCUUCUUUGAAAAAAACAUCAUCUCCAUCAUCUCGGACCACAAGUCUGCCAUUCAGAAUGAACGGCGGACUCGCCAGAGACUCAGUUACAGGAACAGAAUGCACAACGGAGGCAGCUCCCCGCCCAUCAGUCCAUCCCCCAGCCCUAACGGGAAGCACAAGUCAGGAAAGGUGUCGAAGCCAAAAAAAUCCCGGACCUCAGCGAAGAAUCGUUCCCUGAGACCACAUCAGGUUCAGCAAAGCAGCAGUGUAGCAGAGGAGGAGGAGGACAUCCAGCCUUCUUCCCCAAGUUCAGGGACGAGCAGCAGCGAGAACAGAAACCAGGGGCCACACCGUGUGACCCGCAGCCAAGCAACUCCGGUGAAGAAGUCAGGGCGCCAGCGCACGCUGCAUCCAAGCAACGGCUCCAGACAGCGCCACGAGCGAGAAGCGCCGCAGUCUGACGAUGAUGAGAAGGCGGAUUCCGGGUCCAACAGAUCCUCGUCGGAGUCAUCCUCCACCUCAUCAUCGUCCUCUUCCUCGUCAUCGUCGGACAGCGAGAACAGCUCCGAGUCUGAGAUGGAGAAGUACGUGGAAGGGGGAGAUCACGACUACAGCAAAGCUCCCUGUCUGUCCGUACGCCUCUCGGCUAAGGGUAAGCUGGCGGCCUCAGGGAAAAGAAGACACAAAGGAGGCGAGGACGGGGCCCAGACGGCCAAAAGAGCACGAGUGCAGCUGCCUGUAGAGGAGGAGGAGGAGGAAGAUGAGGAGGAUGAAGAAGAAGAGGAAGAAGAGGAGGAGGAGGAGCAGCAGCAGCCAUCGGAUCCAAGACACGGAGAGGAUGAGGGAGAGCAGCAGCAGCAGGAGGAGGAGGAGGAUGAGGAUGAAGAGGAGGAGGAGGAGCCCGAGGAGGAGGAGGAACCUGAGGAGGAGGACGAUGAAGACAACUCUGUUGAGACAGGGGCUGUAGCAGUGACAGCAGCAGCAGCAGCUAGCAGUCUGAGAGGCAGCCAGUGCAAGUCUCGACGGGUCAACACGCGCAACCAGGGCCGCAGGACAGUUCUGUACGGAGACGAGUCAGAGGACGAUGGCCAUGGGUCGAAGGAAGACCCCCUCAACCUGGGCAUGUCCCGCUCAGGACGGGUACGCCGCAUGACUGAGAAAGCCCGCGUCAGCCACCUCAUGGGCUGGGGUCACUAACCCGUCGCCCUUUUUCAAACCUCAAUAAAAGAAAACUAUUUAACAUGAGUAAUACUUCAGGGAUUUUUUUCUUUCUUUUUGUACAAGUGUAUAUAUAAUAUAUAUAUAUAUAUAUAUAUAUAAAUGAUUUUUCUUUUUAUCUGAGACUGCUUAUGGCUCUCAAACUGAUAGCUGGUGCUCAUGAUGUUU